AUGGCUUUGCAGGCAGCAGUUAAGGGUAAAUUAAUCAGCGUUAUUGGAGAUGAGGACACCUGCGUCGGAUUUCUCCUGGGCGGUAUCGGUGAAAUCAAUAAAAACAGACACCCAAAUUUCAUGGUAGUGGACAAGAAUACACCUGUGAGUGAAAUUGAAGACUGCUUCAAGAGAUUUGUGAAACGUGAUGACAUUGACAUCAUCCUGAUCAAUCAGAAUAUUGCCGAGUUGAUCCGCCAUGUCAUUGAUGCGCACACCUCACCUGUGCCUUCCAUCCUCGAAAUACCCUCCAAGGACCAUCCUUAUGACGCCAGCAAGGAUUCAAUCUUACGUCGCGCUAAGGGCAUGUUCAAUCCAGAUGAUUUGUCGAUGUUUGGAGCUGAUAACUACAGCACA